AUGCACAGAGGAGGGGGCGGGGGAGGAGGAAGGCUGCGGCGAGGGGGCGGGGGGAGCCACGUGCAGUUUGGUCGAAGCGGGAGGCGGUUUAACUGUCAAAAGUGGCCGUCCUCGCGGAGAAGCGGGAGCGGAAAGCCAGUGAGGGAAACCAAGGCAGGCUGGGGGCUGCCGCCUCUCUCAGGGAGGAAAAUAAUAAACAACGCUUUCAAAUCUAGGCAGACUUUUAAAAAAAUUCAUUAAUUAUUGGGAGACUGAUGGUUCGAAUCUUCCAUUAAAAAGAGGACAAUUUUUGCAGAGGCGCUACUUUUAUGUGCUUUCUUCAACAAAGUCACCUUCAGCGCCUACGUGAAACUCCUCAGAAGCCCUCAGAUUGCCCUCCCUUUUAAUGUAGGUGUGCUGUACUUCACAAGGAUAGAUUUUAAACUGCACCCGUGGGGCAUUGGUGCGAACAGAACACCCAUUGGAUCAAAAUGAGUCCGGCUUACCCAAUAGCCAGCUUGAGAGAGAGAAUGCAAGAACUUAUUUAACUUUGGCAUGUUCAUUCCUUUAAUGUCGUGGGCACAGUCUGGAUUUAUGUUGGCGAGGGGCAGGACAUCCACCUGUCAUCUGCCUGGCUCUGUCUAUCAGAUUCGGAAUGAAAUCUCUCAACGACAAGUUGUUUUAAAUUACUUCCUUUUGCCCCCAAGUGCUCUGAAAAAUCUGUCAAAAUCUUUCUACAAUUUUUAUUUUUAGUUAAGUAUUUGUAUUUAUUUACUUGACGGGGGAGGCAGCUAUCUAUCCACUUGGACAGAUAAGGUAUCGGCAUACAGAUAUUCCAAGUGUGUUACUCCUUUAAUGUUUCUUCACAGGAAGCUUGCUAUAAGUGGCAUUGUUUUCUGAUGCAGCAGUAA